GAACCAAAAUCAUGCAACUUCUUUUUCAACAUGUCCUAAUUAAGAAGCCUUAAAAAGAUAUUCUUCCAAAUUCUAGUGCAUGGAUAAUAACCACCAAAACUACUACUAUUCUUCACCAAACCCACUCAUUAUUGAUUAUGAAAAUAUUAAUAGUACGACGCCCAUUCAAGAAAACCUGUCGCCGCCGCCGUCACUCCGCCGGCAGCAGCCGCCAGUUUCCUCACCAACAUCAGGGCGCCACCCUGUUUACCGUGGAAUCAGGUACCGGAGUGGGAAGUGGGUGUCGGAGAUUCGGCAGCCGCGUAAGACCACGCGCGUAUGGCUGGGGACUUAUCCCACCCCGGAGAUGGCGGCAGCUGCUUAUGAUGUGGCGGCUCUGGCGCUGAAGGGACCGGAAACUGCACUUAACUUCCCUGAUUUAGCUCAGUCGUACCCUAUACCGGAUUCUCACUCCGCCGCCGGAAUACGCGACGCGGCUGCCCAGGCCGCUGCGGCUGUAGCUGCAGCGCCGCAGACAGGCGGCGCCGGAGGUCAUGGUCGGGUGGUUCACGCGCCGCCCUCGGAAAAUGAAGCAGGUUCGUCCAGUAGUGGCGCACCUGCGCCUGGGCACGAAUUUGUUGACGAGGAAGCACUGUUCUACAUGCCCAAACUGUUGGAGGACAUGGCGGAAGGGAUGCUUGUCAGCCCACCGCGGAUGAAAUCUGGGGCCGCCGCCGACGAGGAGUCGCCGGAAUAUUAUUCAAGAAACGACGGUCUUUGGAGCUACCGUUGAUUUAAUUUGAAAAAUCAGAGAAGAUUUCCUGGUUAGCUAAGCAGAUUAUAACCAGAACUAUAUUAUAUUAUAUUAUAUAUUAUAUAUUAUAUGUACAGUACAAAAGCUUGUCCGAACUGGAGUUGCCGUCUAUGACCAAUUCCUCCGGCCAUCUUGGUUUGCACCCUUGUGGUUUUUUUUCCUCCCCUUUUUUUAUUUUCCCCUUCCAGCUUAUUAAUAAUAAGCUUAAUCGUGGAUUUAUCUUUUAAUUAUGGGGGUUUUUGUUUGCUUAACACCAGUUCAUUGUCAUCAAGAACUCGGUUUUUUUUCUUGCAGUUUGAAAAUUGUAGCUUGCGCAUUUUGAGAAAGAUCUCUCUUUCUCUCUCUCUUAUGUGUUGUUAUGUGAUUCAUAAGCAUUAAUUAAGC